CAACGCAUUCGUCUUCUCGCCGCGUCUUCACUCUCGCUUCUCCGUUGCAAUCAUGUUCCUCACUCGCCUCUCGUGGCUCCUGGCCGGCCUCGCUCUGCAGGCGUCGGCCGUGCCAACCAAGCGCGAUGCCAUCACCAGCUGCCUCACCAGCUCCAAGGUGCCCAUCGACGUCAAGGGCUCGGCCGAGUGGACGCAGGACGGCACCGCGUACAACCUGCGCCUGCAGUACCAGCCCGUGGCCAUCGCCGUGCCCACGACGGUUGCGCACAUCUCGGCCGCCGUCAAGUGCGGCGUCAAGCACGGCGUCAAGAUCAGCGCCAAGAGCGGUGGCCACAGCUACACGUCGUGGGGCUUUGGCGGUGACGAUGGCCACUUGGUGGUCGAGCUGGACCGCAUGUUCAGCGUCAAGUUGAACACAAAGGACAACACGGCCAAGAUUCAGCCCGGUGCGCGUCUUGGUCAUGUCGCGACUGAGCUGUACAACCAAGGUAAACGGGCUAUUUCGCACGGCACGUGCCCAGGUGUUGGUGUUGGUGGACAUGCUCUCCACGGAGGCUACGGCAUGGUCUCUCGCAAGUACGGACUCGCUCUAGACUGGAUCAAAGGAGCCACCGUCGUCCUCGCCGACGGCAGCGUCGUCCACUGCUCAGCAACAGAGCGUUCCGGCCUCUUCUUCGCCGUCCGCGGAGCAGGCUCCUCCUUCGGCAUCGUCGCCGAGCUCGAGUUCAACACCUUUGCCGCUCCCACCCAGCUCACCUACUUCGACAUCGGCCUCAACUGGAACCAGCAGACGGCGGCCAGCGGGCUCAAGACGGUGCAGGACUUUGGAAAGACGAUGCCUGCCGAGUUGACCAUGCAGGCCUUCAUCUCCAAGAAUGGCUACAGCCUCGACGGCACGUACGUCGGUGACGAGGCCGGCCUUCGCAAAGCUAUCCAGCCUCUCCUGACUUCGCUGGGAGUUCAAGUUAAUGCCCAGACUGUCGGAUGGCUCGACUUGGUUGCCCACUUUGCUGGAAAUGUAGAGAUCAACCCGACCAGUGCCUCUUACAACGCCCACGACACAUUCUACGCCACCAGCAUGAUUGUCCCUACCGUCUCUGCAAACCAGUUUACGUCUUUCGUCAACUACAUCUCCACGACAGGCGCCACCACCAGCCACAACUGGUGGAUGCAGAUGGACCUCAUCGGCGGCGACCACUCCGCCGUCUCGAAGCCCAAGACAUCCGACACGGCCUUCGUCCACCGCGACAAGAUGCUGCUCUUUCAGCUCUACGACAGCGUGCCGCAGGGCCAGCAAUACCCGUCCGACGGCUUCAACCUGCUGAAGGGCUUCCGCCAGAGCAUCACCAAGCCCUGGUCCACCAGCAAGUGGGGUAUGUACGCCAACUACGCCGACUCGCAGAUGACGGCAGAUGUCGGACCGCAGCUGUACUGGGGCAAGAACCUGCCGAAGCUGCAGGGAAUCAAGGCUGUCUAUGACCCGAAGAACAUCUUCAGGAACCCCCAGUCGAUCCAGCCGAUUCCGCUACCUAAAUAGGCAUGAGUGCGAAUGAACGAUAUGGAUAUGAUGAAUGAUAUAGGAAUUUUUUUUUUAAUACCUGCAUUAAGAAUGGGAUCUAGAGAUGGCGUUGCAUAUAAUAUAAUGAAGAAAUCAAGAAAUUAAGAUGUUUAG